AAAAAAAAGUAACCACACACACAAAGUGUCAAACCGAAAAAAAAAAUCGUAAAUCAAAAACAAAAAAAAAAAUUAAACGAGAAGUGUUAACACGGGGCACCAAAAUGCAAAAAAUAUAGAAAUCACAUCAUCGUUGUUCUUGGACGAAUCGAUGCGUAGGAAAACGUCGUUAGAAACAUAAAUCACAUCUAAUUAACAAGUCUUGUUUGUAAUUUUACAUCCCAAUCAAAAUAAUGGAGUGCUGCCUGUCUGAGGAAGCCAAAGAGCAAAAGCGAAUCAAUCAGGAAAUCGAGCGACAGCUGAGACGCGACAAACGUGAUGCUCGGCGUGAACUCAAAUUAUUAUUGCUCGGUACUGGUGAAUCGGGCAAAUCGACAUUUAUCAAGCAGAUGCGAAUUAUCCACGGCAGUGGUUAUUCCGAUGAAGAUAAACGUGGCUUUAUUAAGCUGGUAUUCCAGAACAUAUUUAUGGCAAUGCAGUCCAUGAUUCGUGCCAUGGACAUACUCAAAAUUCAAUAUAGUUCACCAAAUAAUUCGGAGAACGCUGAGUUGGUCAGAAGUGUAGAUUUUGAAACAGUAACCUCAUUUGAACCGCCGUAUGUGCAAGCUAUCAAAGAUUUAUGGGCUGAUGCUGGCAUUCAAGAGUGCUACGAUAGACGACGAGAAUACCAGCUAACGGAUUCAGCCAAAUAUUAUCUUAUGGAAAUCGAUCGUGUGGCUGCGCAAAAUUAUUUACCAACUGAACAAGAUAUUUUAAGAGUUCGUGUACCGACAACGGGCAUUAUUGAAUACCCUUUCGAUUUAGAGGAAAUUCGGUUUAGUUAUUUAUCUGAUUUGGCAAGAAUCGAAGCACCUGAAUAUUUGCCAACUGAGCAAGACAUUUUGCGUGCUCGUGCUCCGACUACCGGCAUUCUGGAAUAUCCAUUUGAUUUGGAUGGAAUCGUUUUUAGAAUGGUAGACGUCGGCGGACAGAGAUCCGAAAGAAGAAAAUGGAUUCAUUGUUUCGAGAAUGUAACAUCAAUUAUAUUCUUGGUUGCACUUUCCGAAUAUGAUCAAAUUUUGUUUGAGUCAGAGAACGAGAAUCGAAUGGAAGAAUCAAAAGCUUUAUUUAAAACUAUUAUUACGUAUCCGUGGUUCCAACAUUCAUCAGUCAUUCUUUUUUUGAAUAAAAAAGAUCUCUUAGAGGAAAAAAUUAUGUAUUCACAUUUGGUAGACUAUUUUCCAGAGUAUGAUGGUCCACAAAGAGAUGCAAUAACAGCUAGAGAGUUCAUCUUGCGUAUGUUUGUAGACUUAAAUCCCGAUUCAGAAAAAAUUAUUUAUUCCCAUUUUACAUGUGCAACAGAUACAGAAAAUAUUCGAUUUGUUUUUGCUGCGGUUAAGGACACAAUUUUACAAUCGAAUCUUAAGGAAUACAAUUUGGUGUGAACACUUGUGUGUGUGAAUUGUGCAAUUUCCGUCGUUUCGCAUGCAUCAAAAAACAAACAAACAAAAAGAAAACCAUACACACACCCCCACACCCCCCACACACAUUUAUUAUAAAUAAAUUGAUAAGUUGAAAAUAAGAAUGCGAGUGAAGAAUAGAAAGACCCACACAGUGAGACAGACAGUGGAAGUAAGAUGAAAAAAAAAGAUUUAGAAAAUAAAGAAUGGAAGGGCAAGAAUGAUGGAUGAAAAGAGAAAGAAAGAAAAAUUACACAUACACACAUUAACUAUAAUUUAUAUACCUACUAUAUAAUGAUAUAUAUUUAAAAAAAAGAUGAAAAUGAAAAAAAUGAAAGAAAAAAUUGCAAAAAAAAAAACAAUAUUAUAUUUUAUAUGAUAACAAAGAUAAAGUAAAAAAACCAGAAAGUCAAACUAAAACAAAGAAGAAGAAGAAGAAAGAAAAUUUUCAAACAAAAGAAAACAACAACCAGCAAUCUAAAGUCAAAUAGGAAUGCUAGUAAUAAAUUUAUUUAUGAAUACUUAACAAAAUAUGAGUGAAAACAACAACAAAUUGAUAGAUAAAUCCAAAACAAACAAGAAACAAAAAAAAAAAAAAAAAUUUAAUAACCGCUGUCAUUUGCAACAAACAUUAUUUUAUAAAACAAGACCACAAAAUCUACCGUGUUGUGUUGAAUAAUUACGAGAAUUGUUUUUUUUUUUGUUUAGUUCGAUUAAUGAAAAUAAGGUCCAGAGUAAAAUGAAGAAUGAAAAAUUGUUUACGAAGGAACAUUCGACCGAUCUGAGAGAAAUGAAUAAAAAUGAAUGAGUCAAAAAGCCAUUGAUCGCAGUAAUCGAUUGAAUGGGCCAGCAAAUACACAGACCGGGAAAUUAAAAAACAAAUCCGAUGUUAGCGUAUGAAUGCAUCCGCCUCCUCUAUGUAAUCCCCUCCCCCUCCCCAAAUAUAUUUGAAAACAAACGGUACUGAAACGUAAUGUCCAUCGUAGAUUGUGUGUUUAUCAUUUAGUAAAAUAAAAGCAGAAACUAAACAGAAAAAAUCCAAUGAUUCUAUUCAGCCGAGCAAACAAACCACACACACAACCCCAUACACACAAAAAUAAUAAUAAUAUUAUAUUUUUUAUUACACGCACCUCGAUUACUGUGAUCGUUAGUAUUUCUGGAUGAUAAAAGUUAUGUAAAAUAAGUGAAACCGUGAAGAGAAUUUCCAUUACCUCUUUCUGCCAAAUGGAAACCAAUUUUCAGUUUAACCAGAAAAACAAAACAAACAAUCGGAUACUAAAUGUAUUUAAAUAAGCCCAAAAAUUGGUUUCGCGAUUAUUAUUAUUUUUUUUUUUUUGAUUUUGACUGUUGCUGUUGGGCUGUUUUUCUUUCUCUUCAAUGUAAUCUUGUCAAAAAAAGACCUCUAUGUAAUCUUCUCAACAACAAAACGAAAAAAAAAAAAUCUGUGCGCUGACCAAAAAUUAUCGACACACACACACACAAAUGAAAUCAAAGAAUGACAUUUUUUCAUCCAAUAUGAAGAAAGGAUUUUUUUAAAAUUUAAACGAAAUUAAAGAAGAAAAUACAGCCCAACUGAGCCUGCAUACAUAUUUCAUUCAAAAAAAAAAAAAAAAAAAAAAAAAAAAAAAA